AUGGCAGAAGCUGCUGCUGACCUGAGCACAGGAGAAAAUCUGGAGCAAAAGAUCCUACAGGUGCUGAGUGAAGCCGGGAGCCCUGUGAAGAUUGCCCAGCUGGUAAAGAAGUGUCACAUGCCCAAGAAAACACUCAACAGAGUCCUUUACCAUCUGAAGGAGGAGGGCAAAGUAUCCUUAGAAGCUCCUGCAACAUGGUGCUUAGGCAGGGGUGCUCCUGGAGACGAGGUCCCUGCAGUCCUUGAGGACCCCACUGCCCAGCCUAGCCUCGAUGAAAGAGUCUUCAGGUUCCUCGAGGACAAUGGGCCUCAAAAGGCCUUGCAUAUCGCCAAGGCUCUGGGGAUGAAGACGGCCAAAGAGGUGAACCCACACCUGUACAAGAUGAGAGCCAGGCACCUUCUGAGCUAUGAUGGGCAGACAUGGAUGCUUUAUGACCCAAGUCAGAAAAGUCAAGAACUAGUCUUACUAUGUAGCCCUGGCUAUCCUGAAACUCACCAUGUACACUAA